CCUCCCCCCGAAAUCCCCAACUUUCCCCCCUAAAAUCCCUUAUUUCCCACAUCCAAUAAAGAAACCCAGAAGCUUAUUCAACUCUAGGGAAAAUCAAAAUCAAAGAACCCAGAACCAGAAAACCAAGGAAACAAUGAGAAAAAGAGAAAAAAGGGAUUGGAAAUUGAAAGGUCCCGAGUGGAAGGGUUGUCAAUAGGAGGGCAUGAAACUUGCAUUAUUUUUCCCACUCUUAACCUAGCAUUUGAUAUCGGUCGAUGCCCACAACGUGCCCUUUCUCAAGAUUUUCUUUUUGUUUACUCAAUCCAACUCCGUUGAUUCCUUUACCUUCUUUCAAUCUUAAUCUAAAUUUUCUUUAAUUUAGGGAAAACAAUUAUUUUUUAUGGCCAAUCAUCAGUUCCGCUUAUUUUGCAGUGAAAAGGAAAGGAAGAUUUAGUUUUCACGGAAAAAAGUGUGGAUUCGGUGCAGUUCAGUAGACUGUGAUCGGAUCCACCGCAGGUUCAUGUUCUGUUGUCAUUGGAAUCAAUAGGAGUUCAAUUUGUAAUGCAAUCUGUUGACGAGAGUAAGGAAAAGAAGACGAAUUUGAAACGAUCAAGAUCACUAUCCCUGCACGAUAUGCCCGUGACUGACAGCCCUGCUACGCAAACCCUUGACCAUUACGCAAACCCUUUUAUAAAAAUUUUUGAAUGAAUAAUAUCAAAUGCAAUAGGCUCUAACUGUUUGAUUUUUACCUGGUUUCAAUAUACUGUGUGUGUGGCAAAUUAGAUUUUUACCCCCUUGUCUUGAAUAUGACAUUAUUUUUAAUGAAUUGCAGACUCAUGGACUUGCUGAAUAUAUAGCUCAGGAAGAGAUGGAUAGAAAAACUGGGUAUUGGUGGUCACUUGAUGGCAAAUUCAUUGCAUUUACAGAGGUUGAUUAUUCUGAGAUACCUCUUUUUAGAAUUAUGCACCAAGUGGCUGUCCUAAGGCAUACCACCCAGCCUGUAUCAAAAGGGAUGAGGCAUUCUUUAAAUCCAAGGCAAAAUGGAACUGCGACAUACACGGAUAAAGAAGGUAUCAGGCAGCAGCAGUUGUUGGUAUUUAUCCCAAGACAUCACAAGCACUACAUUUUACCGAAUUCUGUCAGCAAGAAGGUACAUUUUAGUCCACAGUUACAGACAGAUCGUAGGCAAAAUUAUCUCCAUGCUAAAUCUUGUCUUCAGCCUUCAGGCUUGCUGAGAACAUCCAAGAUGCUUAUGGUGAGGCAGCUAGCAUUGCUGAACAGUCGCAUUAUUUAACACCAAAACCCAUAUUUUAUGGGUUUUUUAAAGAAGAAAAAUGCUGAGAAUAGAUGGUCUCUGCAAAAAGAUGGGCUACAAUGACGCCAAGUUACUGAUGCUUUACGGGCUCUGAUAGCCAAUGGUGUUGAAGCGGGGACUAUCCAGUGUGGGCGUCCAAAGGAACAGAAGUUUUGGAUCUCGUUUGCGUAUCGUGAUUCUUUUUUUCUUCUCAAUUCUGAUGCUCAUUGCUUUGAGUUCAUUACAAGAUUUUCUUGAUUAAAUAAAUGUAUUAUAUCUUUUAUUACCAAGAUUUACUUGAUUAAGAAAAUGCAUUGUAUGUUUUAUUA